GAUGGCCUCUAUACCCUACUAUUGGUCUCUUCAAAAGCUAAAGUUAUAACAUAACGGAGAGGCUGAUCGUCAGGGGUUCACUUUUGGAGAAAGUAAAAAUGCAAGCUGCACAAGGAAUAGGAGUGGACGUUCUGCAGAGUUAUCAAGAGGAUAGCACAUACAUGUGCACUUAUAGUCACACACACACACACACAAGCCUUUUCCAGGAGAACAUUGUUAUUUUAAUGAUAAUCAUCUUUGAGAAAAUACCUUGUAAGUAUGAGUUUGAGAAAGGUUUUAUCUCAACCUCAAUCUAUCUGACAGAAGCUCCUUUAGUGUGUUAUAAGCAGCAUGAAUUCCAGCCAGUUUUCACUCCAAACGAAACAUCAGAGAGUUUACAUACAGAGGAAACCUUCAAAAUGUGGUGAAUGUGGAAAAUUCUUUACUCAAAGAUCAUCUCUUACUCAGCAUCAGAGGAUUCACAGAGGAGAGAAGCCCUAUGUAUGCAGUGAAUGUGGAACUUGUUUCCGUAAACAGUCAAAUCUUACUCAACAUCUGAGAAUUCAUACAGGGGAGAAACCUUUUAAAUGUCAUGAAUGUGAGAAAGCCUUUCAAACAAAAGCAAUCCUUGUCCAGCAUUUGAGAAUUCAUACGGGAGAGAAACCCUAUAAAUGCAAUGAAUGUGGAAAAGCCUUUUGUCAGAACCCAUCCCUUAUUAAACACCAGCGAAUUCAUACUGGAGAAAGACCUUAUAAAUGUGCAGAAUGUGGCAAAGCCUUCAGUCAGAGCAUCUGCCUCACUCGUCAUCAGAGAAGCCAUUCUGGAGAUAAACCUUAUAAGUGUAAAGAAUGCGGGAAGGCCUUUAAUCAGAGUGCUUGCCUCGUGCAGCAUCAGAGAACUCAUUCAGGAGAGAAACCCUACACGUGUGCUGCAUGUGGCAAAGCCUUCACUCAGAACUCUUCCCUUGUUGAACAUGAAAGGACUCACACUGGAGAGAAACUCUUUAAGUGCAGUGAGUGUGAAAAAACUUUCCGCAAGCAAGCACACCUUAGUGAGCACUACAGAAUUCAUACUGGAGAAAAACCUUAUGAGUGUGUUGAAUGUGGGAAAUCCUUUCGGCACAGCUCAGCACUUAUUCGACAUCAGAAACUUCAUGCUGGAGAUUAAAAUUUGGAAUUGUAAUGAAUAUGGUAAAGUUUGUAUGAGAACACCCUUCACCACCCCAAACCAGAUUCUUGGGAAUUUAACACUCAAUCUGCAGCUGGGAUGAAUAUUUUGCAUUUUAAAAUAGUUAAGAAAUAGACCUCUGAAUUAGUUAAAGUUUGAUGCCUUCUCUGACAUUUAAUGGGUGUGUGACCUUAUUAUUUCUGAACCUCAUUUUCCCCACUCUCCGCCAGAAGAAUAGGGAUGUUUCUUAUAUUUGCCUUGAGAAUAAAAGUUGUAUAUGACAGUUAA